AUGACCAACACACCCAUGGACAGGGACAGCCACAGGGACAGCCACAGGGACAGCCACAGAGUCAGCCACAGGGACAGCCACAGGGUCAGCCACAGAGUCAGCCACAGGGACAGCCACAGGGACAGCCACAGGGACAGGGACAGCCACAGGGACAGCCACAGGGACAGCCACAGGGACAGCCACAGAGUCAGCCACAGAGUCAGCCACAGGGACAGCCACAGGGACAGGGACAGCCACAGGGACAGGGUCAGCCACAGGGACAGCCACAGGGACAGCCACAGGGACAGCCACAGGGACAGAGUCAGCCACAGGGACAGAGUCAGCCAGAGGGACAGAGUCAGCCACAGGGACAGCCACAGGGACAGCCACAGGGACAGCCACAGAGUCAGCCACAGGGACAGCCACAGGGACAGAGUCAGCCACAGGGACAGCCACAGGGACAGGGACAGCCACAGGGACAGCCACAGGGACAGCCACAGGGACAGCCACAGAGUCAGCCACAGGGACAGGGACAGCCACAGGGACAGGGACAGCCACAGGGAAAGACACAGAGUCAGCCACAGAGUCAGCCACAGGGACAGCCACAGGGACAGAGUCAGCCACAGGGACAGCCACAGAGUCAGCCACAGGGACAGAGUCAGCCACAGGGACAGCCACAGAGUCAGCCACAGGGACAGCCACAGGGACAGAGUCAGCCACAGGGACAGCCACAGCCACAGGGACAGAGUCAGCCACAGGGACAGGGUCAGCCACAGGGACAGAGUCAGCCACAGGGACAGAGUCAGCCACAGGGACACCCACAGGGACAGGGACGGAGUCAGCCACAGGGACAGCCACGGAGUCAGCCACAGGGAUUAUUGA